CACCGCAGAGUCAAAUGACUUCCAGUUUCUCGUCCAUGGACGUCUAAUGGGUGGAUAUUUUAGCUAAGUCUGGUCUGGCAAAAUACAUUCAUUUCACCGAUUUUACAGACUGAUUUCACUUUGAAACAUGAAAAUUUUAAAUUCAGAUGAGUUGAAAAUAGCGGAGACUACUUUAUAUGCACAUCUACCUAAAUCCACAAAGGUGUAUGGAUGUGUUUUCGCUAUGAACAGAGGGAAACCACAUGCUUUGGAAGUAUUGGUGGAUACGUGGCCAGCUUUUACCACUAUCAUUUUUAGACCAGAUCUAAAUAAUAGUCGAGCAAAGGACUAUUUGAAUAAGGUGACUCUAUACAGCACUGAUGAAGAGGUCCUGAGAAGAAUGUUGACUGUGGAAAACCUAAUUGACUGGAGCACAAACUUUCUAAUAGGCGGAAUUGAUGUACGUCAUUUACCAAUGCUGAAUGAAAUUGCUGCUUCUCGGGGUGUCAAUAUUAAAGAGUUUCCCUUGGUGCACCUUAUGACAUUUACAGACCCCAGUCAUUUACCUGAGCUCGUUAUCAGUGAUCUCGAGUCCAGAGUGUCUGUCCUCAAUGAGUCACAUGUCGAUGUAAUUAACAAGACUUGGAAAUAUGGUGGGGAUGAAAAAAGUUACAGGAACAUCCUACAUUACAUCAGACAUUUCCCCUCAUGCUGCAUUACAGAUGAGAACAACCAGCCUGUGUCCUGGGUGUUGACGUAUGAUUACUGUGCCAUGGGGAUGUUGUACACUCAGCCAGAGCAUCGUGGGAAAGGCUAUGCCAAAGCCCUGGUCACCGCUAUGGCAAAGAGGCUCCAUUCUGAGGGCUAUCCUGUGUACUGCUUCAUUGAAGAAUGGAAUGAGCUUUCCUACAAACUUUUUCAAAGCCUGGGUUUUACAGAGGACCCCUCUUAUAGAUCCACCUGGUAUGAAUUCAAUUGUUAGUGUGAAUACUCAUCAGUACUCCUGAUUAAAAGGGGGGAAAAAGCUCUUAGGAAGUCAUCAUGAAAUCAAAAUUGACAAUUUUGAUUUGUAUUAGAAUACUUCCCAGCCACAUCUCUUCUGAUCAAUAAACCCUCAAUCAGUUCCAACAAAAAUCUGUUUCACUCAGGUAUCACAAUGGAUAAUAAAGAUGGUCACGUUUUGGUUUCAUACUGACAACAACUACAUGAUUUAAUUUUUGUAAAUUUAAUAAAAAGUUUUAUUUUAUACACAACAUUUUAAAUAAAUUUAAAUGAAGACAGAAGAACUUUCACUUAUUGUUGUAUGAAUAAAUGUCAAACCGCCAGUCUGUAAGUGAUGAAGAACAUCUUUACACAAUUUUAAUAAUCAAGUAUCGCAUCGAGAGUUGCAUUUAAGCUAUAUAUAUAUGUGUGUGUGUGUGUGUGUGUGUGUGUUCCGGCAUUUGUGGUUUAUGAGGACACAAAUGUGUAUAAUGACAUGGGUACUACAACGUAAACAUGGUUUAUGAGGACACUUCCUGUGUCCCCGUAAAACAAAAGGCUUAAAAAACAUACUAAACAGUGUUUUACGAAAUUCAAAAAGUGUGCACAGUCUCCUGUGAGGGCUAGGUUUAGGUGUAGGGUAGGUGUAUGGCGAUAGAAAAUAGGGUUUGUACAGUAUAAAAACCAUUACGCCUAUGGAG